UCUAGGCGGCCCCAAGUUUACUUCGGGUAGGGGUGGAGGCGAAUUCUCGAUUUGUGGAAAGGAUGGCGAAGUCCGGGCCGGGGCAGGAUCCAGACAUGACAGCAGCAGCCACAGUGCUCAAGCGGGCAACGGAACUGGACUCGGAGUCCAAGUUCCAGCAGGCGCUGGUGUGCUACCAGGAGGGGCUCGACCUGCUCUUGCGGGUUAUGAAAGGUAUUAAAGAUAAUAAUAAGAAAUGUAAUCUCAAAGCAAAGUUUUCUCACUACAUGGAUAGAGCAGAAAAUAUAAAGAAAUAUUUGGACCAAGAAAAAGAAGAUGGGAAAUAUCACAAGCAAAUUAAAAUAGAAGAGAAUGCAACAGGUUUCAGUUAUGAGUCACUUUUAAAAGAAUACCUUAAUGAGACAGUUACAGAAGUGUGGAUAGAAGAUCCUUAUAUUAGACAAACUCAUCAGCUCUAUAACUUCCUUCGAUUUUGUGAGAUGCUUAUUAAGAGUUGCAAAGUAAAAACUAUUCACCUUCUUACCUCUCUGGAUGUAGGAAAUAGGACAGAGCAGCUAAGUGCCCUGGAUGAAAUAAAACUGUCACUCAGAAGUCAUGGAGUGCUGUUGGAAGUAGAAUAUUCUUCUUCAAUACAUGACCGAGAAAUUAGGUUCAACAAUGGAUGGCAGAUUAAAAUUGGAAGGGGACUUGAUUACUUUAAGAAACCACAGGGCUGUUUUUCCCUUGGAUAUUGUGAUUUUGAUUUAAGGCCAUGUCGUGAAACAACAGUGGACAUUUUUCAUAACAAGCACACAAAAAAAUUAUGAUGGGUAGUAGCUUAAUUCAUAUUGCACAUUUCUACCUUUUAUGAUGCCAUAACUACAUAGCACACACUGGGUAACGAAUAGAGAUUUAUUUAGCCCUUAUUUCUGGGGGCUGAGAAGCCUUAAUAGCAUGCUGCUGGCAUCUUUGAGGACCUUCCUGCCUCUUAACGUGGGUAGACAUCAUGUGACAACACAAUAUGCGUGUCUCAGAGAGUUUGGAUCUGUAAAAGCCUGUGAGGCAGAGCCAGUCAUCUCUCUGGUGUCCACUUCUCAACACUACUGCAAUGAGGACCACAUUUCCAACAUAUGAACUUUUGGGGACAAAUACAAAUUACAGCAAGGAAAUAUUGGAUUCUUCUUUUUACUUUAAACAUUUUUAUAAUGUGUGAAUUUUUAAAUAAACUUGUAUUUCUACUA